AUGGAGAAAAGGCAAGGGUUUUUCAGGGCCUUGAAGGUGGACGUCGCGCGCGGGUUAUCCCCGGGAAGGUCGCGCCCCAGGAGCCCCGGGAAGAAGGCGGGCGCGGCCGAGCCCGAUUCGUCGGUCGCGGGAUCGGGCAGCUUCAGGCUGACCGGUAAGGCGCUGGCGCCGCUGAUUGAGGGCCCGGACCCGGAAGGCGGAGAAACAGGCGGGUCGAAGCGUUUCGGGUCUGGUUUGGGGUCGUGGGUCUGGGACCAACUCAUCCGUAACCCGUCAGGUACCAGUGAGAAUGGGAGUGGAAACAAGAGGUCCGAUCUGAGGCUGCUUCUCGGCGUCAUGGGUGCCCCGCUUGCACCGGUGCCAACGUGCGACGCCGAACCUCUGCCCCAUCUCAGUAUUAAGAACACACCCAUUGAAGCUUCAUCGGCACAGUACAUACUGCAACAGUACACGGCCGCUUGUGGUGGGCAAAAAGUCCAGGGCUCAAUUAAGAAUGCUUACGCAAUGGGAAAGCUGAAGAUGGUGGCCUCGGAAUUCGAGACGGCGACAAAGCUAGUAAAGCAUAAGAAUACAGCUAGGUUAGCUGAGUCGGGUGGAUUUGUCCUGUGGCAAAUGAAUCCUGACAUGUGGUACGUGGAGUUGGCAGUUGGGGGCAGUAAAGUUCGUGCUGGUUGUAACGGAAAGCUCGUCUGGAGGCAUACGCCGUGGCUUGGGGCCCAUGCUGCAAAGGGCCCCGUUAGGCCCCUGCGACGCGCCCUUCAGGGACUCGACCCAAGAACCACAGCCAGCAUAUUCUCGGACGCAGUCUGCACAGGCGAAAACAGUAUUGAUGGAGAGGACUGCUUCGUCCUGAAAGUGUCGGCAGACCACAACACCCUAAAGGCCCGUAGUGAGGGGCCCGCAGAGAUUAUCCGACACGCCCUGUUGGGCUACUUUAGCCAGCGCACGGGCCUCCUCGUCCACCUUGAGGACUCCCACCUGACCCGCAUCCAAUCAGGAGGAGGGGAUGCUGUCUAUUGGGAGACCACCACCAGCUCGUCCCUUGGGGACUACCGGCCUGUGGAGGGUGUCAUGGUGGCCCACGCUGGACGCUCGGUCGUGACCCUGUUCCGGUUUGGUGAGGCCGCCAUGAGCCACACCAAGACUAGGAUGGAAGAGGAGUGGACCAUCGAUGAGGUCGCUUUCAACGUGCCUGGAUUGUCGGUUGACUGUUUUAUUCCCCCAGGUGACCUAAGGCCGUGUUUGGAAGCUGGUGAGUUCUCGCAGGAGGAGAUGGGGAGUUCGGGGGUGGCCAUGGGGUCGCGUAGUGCUAAAGUGGCAGCGUUGGAGGUGUGA